CAUCCAAUCCUUAUUUCUUCUUCUUCUUCUUCCCAGCUCAUUGAUUUCAACUGAAAGCAAAAACAAAAAAACACAAAAAUCCAGUCUUGGAACUCAAAUUCUGUUUCUUGUGCUGAGAGCAGAAAUGGGUGGUGCUUGAAUUCUCUACUGCGGAUUGAUUUUAAGCAAGAAGAGGAGCAAAAUGGGGUGGAAAUCCAGAGGAUCAGACUCCACCUCUAAAAGUUUUGUUUCCAGAAAAUUAACAAUCUUGCUUUGCAUUGGAUGCUUCUGUGUCGGGAUGCUCUUUACUGGCAGAAUGUGGGCAGUGCCAGAACCUAAGGGCAUGUCAAGGCCAAAGCAGAUUGAGGAUGGAGAUAUAAAGUUAGCUUCAGAAGGCUGUGAUCCUAGAAUUAAGGAUGUACGAACUGAACUCAGAUACACUAUUGGGGAUGUUUCAAACACAAAACACGCUAUACGAACUCUGGAUAAAACUAUAUCUAAUUUAGAGAUGGAGUUAGCAGCAGCAAGGACUUUGCAGGAUUCUAUACUUAGCGGCUCUCCCAUAUCCGAAGACUUGAAGAUUCCAGAAUUGACCAAGAAAAGGAAAUACGUAAUGGUUGUAGGCAUAAAUACUGCGUUUAGCAGCCGCAAGAGAAGAGAUUCUAUUCGUAAUACUUGGAUGCCUCAAGGGGAUAAACGAAAAAAGCUCGAGGAGGAAAAGGGCAUUGUAGUUCGCUUUGUUAUAGGACACGGUGCUACUGCGGGUGGCAUUCUUGAUAGAGCAAUUGAAGCAGAAGAUAAGAAACACGGAGAUUUCUUGAGACUGGAACAUGUUGAGGGAUACCUCGAGCUAUCUGGUAAGACAAAGACCUAUUUCGCUACGGCUGUUACUCUAUGGGAUGCAGAUUUCUAUGUGAAAGUUGACGACGAUGUGCACGUAAAUUUAGGGACACUCGGAACAACUUUGGCUAGACAUCGUUCAAAACCCCGAGUUUAUAUUGGAUGCAUGAAAUCUGGUCCUGUCCUUGCUCAGAAGGGAGUGAGAUACUAUGAGCCCGAGCACUGGAAAUUCGGCGAGGGAGGGAACAAGUAUUUCCGUCAUGCAACUGGGCAGCUAUAUGCCAUUUCAAAGGAUUUAGCUACCUACAUUUCAAUAAACGAGAAUGUACUACAUAAAUAUGUUAAUGAAGAUGUUGCUCUGGGAUCUUGGCUCAUUGGACUGGAUGUAGAACACAUCCACGACCGCCAAUGGUGCUGUGGAACCCCGCCCGACUGUGAAUGGAAGGCUCAGGCGGGCAACAUAUGUGUUGCUUCCUUUGAUUGGAGAUGCAGUGGGAUUUGCGGGUCGGUGGAAAGGAUCAAGGAGGUUCACCGACGGUGUGGGGAAGGCGAGAAAGAGUUGUGGAAUGCCAUGGUCUGACCAAACCUCUAGAGGUGUUGGCUGGCAAGCUAAGAUUGCAGAUUGUGAUCUGCGGAUAUGAUUGUUUCUUCAUUCCUUGAUUUUUCUGAAAUAUCAAUCUAUAGGAUAUGUACUUAUUAUGUGCUUACCUUACCCUCAAGAAAGAGAGAGGUUGCUGUGGAUGUGGAUCUAAUCCAUUUUAGGAGAGGAGAAAGAUCAUUGAAGCAGCCAGUAGAGAUGCAAAUGUCAAAUAUCAUUGCUUUUAGAUCUUUAGGAAACAAAAUUUAUUACUUUGUAUGUCUCUGAAUAUAGUGGAGAGUGAAAUUUGUAAUGAGUAUUGUUGAGUAUAUAUAAUAUAUACACAUAAAUGUGUAUUCAAGUAUCA